UUCUUUCUUCUCAAUCACAGACCACAACCGACCAUGUCAUCAACACCAGGGUUCAUCGACGUAGGCGCACUGCGAAACAAGUACGAGAAGGCAGGGCAGGAACACCUCUUUGCCUUCUGGGACGAAAUCUCCCCGGAGGAACAGGGCAACCUCGCCAAGCAACUUUCUCAACUCGACGUCGAGCGCGUGAAUGCCAUCUACAAGCGUGCUGUCCAAGGUGAAAAGGAAGCUGCCGAGCUUGCAAAGCAGUCAGCCAAGCUUGGUCCUCCGCCGGCCUCCUCCACCGUGCAGACCUCAGGCGAUGCUGUGUCCAGCGAAUCAAGCAAGUACGCUGCAGUUGGUCUCGAUGCAAUUGCCAAAGGCGAGGUAGGCGUCCUUCUCCUUGCUGGUGGACAGGGCACUCGUCUUGGCUCAUCAGCACCCAAGGGAUGCUAUGACAUUGGACUGCCGUCGCACAAGUCCCUCUUCCAGCUGCAGGCUGAGCGUAUCUUGCGCCUUCAGCAGGUGGCCAAGGAGCACGCGAAGACGCAGUCAGACGUCGUCGUACCCUGGUUCAUUAUGACUAGUGGCCCCACGAGGAAGCCUACCGAAGACUUCUUCGCUGAGAACAACUACUUCGGACUCGAGCGAGCGAACAUCAUCUUUUUCGAGCAAGGCACCCUCCCCUGCCUUACAAUGGACGGCAAAAUCAUGCUCGACUCCAAGUCACGCAUCGCAACCGCCCCUGACGGCAACGGCGGCCUGUACAACGCGCUGCGUCAGCCCAUCGACGAGAAGGCGACAGUCAGCGUUGUGUCUGCCCUCGAGUCGCGCGGCAUCAAGUACCUGCACUGCUAUGGCGUGGACAACUGCCUAGUCAAAGUAGGCGAUCCGGCCUUCCUCGGAAUCAGCAUCAGCAAGCCGGUCCAAGCAGGCGUCAAGACUGUCAUCAAGACGGAUCCCAAGGAGAGCGUGGGCGUCGUGGCAAUGAAGAAUGACAAGUGGAACGUGAUAGAGUACAGCGAGAUCCCCUCUGAGCUGGCUGAAGCUCGUGACGAGAGUGGGGACCUCCAGUUCAGGGCGGCCAACAUCGUCAACCACUUCUACACGACGGACUUCCUCUCCAAGCAAGUGCCCAGCUUCGAAGCCGAGAUGGCCUAUCAUAUCGCCCGCAAGAAGAUUCCCACCAUCGAUUCCAAGAGCGGCGAGGCUGUCAAGCCCACCACCCCCAAUGGCAUGAAGCUGGAGCUCUUCAUCUUUGACGUCUUCCCCUUCUGCGACGACUUGGCCGUGCACGAGGUACCGCGCGCUCAGGAGUUCUCGCCGCUCAAGAAUGCGCCCAAUACGGGCAGCGAUGAUCCGCAGACGAGUAGGAGGGACCUGCUUGCAUUGCAUGGCAAGUGGUUGCGUGAGGCGGGCGCUGAGCUGGGGGAGGGGGUGGAGGUUGAGGUUAGCCCGUUGGUGAGCUAUGCGGGGGAAGGGUUGGAGGGGGUCAAAGGGAGGAAGUUUGAGAAGAGUGAGCACCUGGAUAAGAUCUGAGCUGCUACGAGAAGGAUAGACUUGCUUCGCCUAUUAUAAGGAGAUGGACUCUGUUGCCUUACUUGUUGCCUUACUGUCUUGUCUUAACGUCCUGCUCGACUCGAUUGGCCUUGUGUUCUUC